UGGGCGUGGCCGGGCGCGCGGGCGUCCGUUGAAGCGAGUGAAGGGAAGGCAGACGCUGCUGAGGCGCGUCUCCGGGCGGACGGAGCGGGAUGACGGCGGCGAGGCCUGAAGGGGAGGCGGCCUGCGGAGGGAGCCCGGCACCGAACUCCAGUGUUCUCAUCAACCAGCUGAGAGAGAUCACAGGCAUCCAAGAUCCUUUGUUCCUCCAUGAGGCCUUAAAGGCUGCCAAUGGAAACCUUGUGCAGGCGGUUGGCUUCCUCUCUGAGGCUCAUGCCAAAGAAUCCAGCCAAGAGGGCACAGCCACAGAGGCAUCCUAUGGUGGAAGAAGUGUGCUUGUCCUGGAGCAGGCAGCAGUUGGUGUAACACAAGAUGAUGGAGCUUCUCUUCAGGAAGGCAUUCCUUCUGACGUCCAGGAUUUUCAAGGUGCCCAGGUCACAGAUCAGGAUCCAAAUGCAGCUGUGAAUGAGCCCUGUGUGUGUGACGUGACUGAAAACACAAAUCGCUCAAAGAGGAAACGUUGCGAGGUCUGGGGAGAGCAAACUACCCUGAACGACUGGCGGAGAAAUGGAGAAUGGCCGGUGGGGCUGAAAAACAUUGGAAACACUUGCUGGUUUAGUGCAGUCAUACAGUCUCUUUUCCAGCUUCCCGAAUUCCGGCGGCUGGUGCUCAGCUACACUCCAGACUCUGGAAGUGACAACUGCUGCAGCCGAAGCAAAAAGAGGAAUAUCGCCUUCAUGCUGGAACUCCAGUGCCUUUUUGCCCUAAUGCUGGGAACGCGCCGCAAAUUUGUGGAUCCCACUGCAGCCCUUGAACUUCUCAGAGGCGCCUUCCGGUCUCCUGAGGAACAGCAGCAAGACGUGAGUGAGUUUACCCACAAGCUUCUGGAUUGGCUGGAGGACGCUUUCCAGCUGGCUGCGAAUGUUAACUCCCAGAAUAAGUCCGAGAACCCCAUGGUUCAGCUCUUUUAUGGAACUUUCCUGUCUGAAGGUAUUCAUGAAGGCAAGGCCUUCUCCAAGAUUGAGACCUUUGGCCAGUAUCCCUUGCAGGUGAAUGGCUAUAAGGACCUGCAGGAGUGUCUGGAAGGAGCCAUACUGGAGAAGGAGACUGAAGCGUCUUCAAGCAGCCAGUCGGUGCAAUACAGGCAAGAACGCUGGUUCACCAAGCUGCCUCCGGUCCUGACUUUUGAACUUUCCCGGUUUGAGUUCAACCAGUCACUUGGGCAGCCGGAGAAGAUACACAACAAGCUGGAGUUCCCUCAGGUUGUUUAUAUGGACAGGUUCCUGUACAGUAACAAGGGGCUGAUUCAAGCUAAGAGAGAGGAGAUCAAGAGACUGAAAGAGCAGAUCACAGUUCUGCAGCAGAAAUUGGAACAAUAUAUGAGAUACGGUUCUGGUGCAGGGCGCUUCCCCUUGCUAGACAUGCUGCAGUACGUUCUUGAGUUUGCCAGUUCCCGGCCAUUGACAGCCAAUACCGAAGCCUCAACAGAGUCCCAAAUUUCAAAGCCGCCUUUCAUCCAAAGCAGGGUGACAGUAACACCAAGUGAAGGAGGUGAUGAGGCCUCUGCUUCCCAAGCCGCAUCUCCUCCGGAGGAAGCCAGUGGGCCCUUGAGGUCAUCCACACCGCCUGUGGAGAUGCCCGAGUCCCCAGCUCCCCAUGGGAUUACAGAGGAAGAAGUCCAUCUGGUGAUGACCUGCCUGCAGCGGUGGAGAAGAGAGGUCGAGCAAGACAUCAACGACCUGAAGGACUCGAUUGCGCUGCUGUCUGCCUCCGUUGACCAGAUGUACUGCGACCCUCGACUGCAGCAGGUCCCGUAUCACUUGCAUGCGGUCUUGGUCCACGAAGGGCAGGCCAAUGCGGGCCACUACUGGGCCUACAUCUACCAUCAGCCCCGGAAGUGCUGGCUCAAGUACAACGAUGUCUCUGUGACAGAGUCCUCCUGGGAAGAGCUGGAGAGGGACUCCUUCGGGGGCCUGAGGAAUGCCAGCGCCUACUGCCUCAUGUACAUCAACAAGAAGCUGCCACACUUUGCUGUUGACUAUGAUGAUGGGCAGACCCAGGCCGAAGUGGAGGCCCUGCCCCUAGGGCUGAAGCAGCACAUUCAGGCAGACAACUGGCAGCUGGAGCAGGAGGUGGCCGAGUGGGAGGAGCAGGCCUCUAAAAUGGCCCAGAUCGACCAGUCGUCAUCAUCGAUAGAGUCUCAGUACCUGUCUUCAGACUCAGGACAAGAAGACUCCAGUCCCUCUGACAGCAGGGUGGGCUUGCUCUCCUCUCAGCAUGCCACCAUUGCCAAGGCGCAGACCGCUCUAGCCAUCGACAAGGCAGCUGAUGCCUUCAACAAGGACGGCGUAGAGGCAGCGUACAACCAGUCCACGGAGGUAGAGACGGCCAAAGCUGACCCGGAAGAAGCAAGCCUUCCUGUUCAGGUCGAGGAAGAGCAAGAGGUGGCUACGGGGGAGCAUCCCACUCCUCCCAGCUCCCAGCUCUCUGAAGUGGAGAUCCCCAGUGUGGGGAGGAUCCUGGUCAGGUCGGAUGCGGACGGCUAUAAUGAGGAGGUGAUGCUUAGUCCUGCCAUGCAAGGUGUGAUCCUGGCGAUAGCUAAGGCCCGCCAGACCUUUGAUCGGGAUGGGUCUGAAGCGGGGCUGGUUAAGGCAUUCCGCGAGGAAUACGCCCGGCUGUACGCGCUCUCCACCGAGGAGCCAACGCCGCAGAACGACCCCCGACUUCAGCACGUUCUGAUCUACCUCCUGCAGAACAAAGCCCCCCAACAAGUGGUGGAAAGGACCCUCCUGGAGCAGUUUGCCGACAAGAACCUCAGCUACGACGAAAGGUCCAUCAGCAUCAUGCAGGUGGCAAGGGCCAAGUUGAAAGAGAUUGGCCCCAAUGAGAUGGACAUGGAAGAGUACAAGAAAUGGCACGAAGACUACAGUUUGUUUCGCAAGGUGUCUCUUUACCUCUUAACCGGCUUGGAGUUCUACCAGAACAAACAGUACUGUGAGGCUCUGACCUACCUGAUCCACGCCUGCGAGAACAACCUGGCCCUGCAGAAGAAGGGGCCCAAGCGGGGCGCUGAUGGGGCGCUCAUUGCUCUCUACAGGAGGAAAUGCCUCUUGAAGCUGAAUGAUAUGGCGGCAGCUCUGCUGGACAGCAACAAAGAUCUGGACGUGGGAGAAGGCCUGGGCCUUCUGGGUGAGGUGAUCAUCCCCUGCGUCCACAUCAUCGCCAAGCACAACCUCUCCCAGGACGACCUGGAAGCCAUAGAGCUCAUGCGGGGUGGCUGGUGCGAUUACAUGGUCAAAGUAAUGGAUGAAGAACUGCAGCUGAAGCUGAACGAGCUCCUCUCCCGCCUCUUCGACUGUUCCUCGGAGGGCCUGAUCCUCAAGGAGCCGCCCAAGAUCCGCCCCAACUCGCCGUACGACCUCUGCAGCCGCUUUGCCGCGGUGAUGGAGUCCAUCCACGGGGCCUCGCCGGUGACCGUCAAAUAAAAGCCGCGGGUUCUUUGGAUGGAGACCCUCCCGUGCCAGGAGAGAGCGGGAUCGGUCACUGAGUAAAGAACCACCGCACUGAAACAAUUCACUGGAACUAUCCAAUACUGUAUGUGCCUAGGAAAGGGAGGGGAGAGACAUGGCUCUCUUUGCUGGGCAAGCACUCAUUGAAACGCACACUGGAAUAUCGCAGAAUGGUCUGCCUUGGAGUAGAAUUUGCCUUCGCUUCUUACAGUAACAGACUCUGGAGAGUCUUGAUAAGAAACAAGACUGGAGAGUCCUUUUCCAAGCAAAUGCGCUGUUUCACUGAUGAUGUCUUGAGCUGUGUUUCCUGUUUUGUCGGCGGCUAUGUUCGCACAUUUGGACACAGCAGAGCCUUUUUUGGAGCAUUUGGCGACUUAGUUCAGGAAAGAGCCAGGCUGAGGACUCUUGUGUGAAGAUGGCAUUUCUACGCUCACAUUUUGUCUCUUCGGGGAGAGUUGGAAAGCUUCAUGCAAGACUGGAUUGAGGCCCGAAUCUUAAGUUCUUCUCAUAGUAAAAACAAAGCUGAGUUCAUGUUAUGUACGUGAUAAAGCAGGCAUGGGUAAACUUGGGUCUUCGAGGUGUUUUGGACUCCAACUCCCACCAUUCCUAACAGCCUCAGGCCCUUUCCUUUUCCCCCUCAGCCGCUUAAGCGGCUGAGGGGGAAAAGGAAGGGGCCUGAGGCUGUUAGGAAUGGUGGGAGUUGGAGUCCAAAACACCUCAAAGGCCCAAGUUUGCCCAUGCCUGUGACAGAGACGUGUGCCAUUUUUCUAACACUUAAAUCUUCGCAACUCUAGAGACAGUUGCUUCCGAUUCCCUGACAAGGGAUGAGGGUAGAGCCAACCAAUAUUGCAGGAAUCGUUCCAGCGCAAGAGCGGAGGAGAAAAGCGAUCACGGGGCUUUCAUCACCAGCAUCACAUUGGUGGCAACCGGUGCAAAGCGACAGGGCAAAACCGCAUCAACUGGUACAUUUUUGCCUUCCAACCUUUUUAAGGUUUUUAUCAGAACGGAUCAGGAUGUAAAUGGAAAUACGUAUUUGAUAUGUGCAAUAAAGAAUUUUAUCCUCUUUCAA